AUGGCGUUGUCGAAGGGCGAGUCUGCUGCGACUGAGUUGGUCAAGUUCAAUCAAUUGCAGACGCGGAAGAAGCACCUGCGUUUCGCACGUUCGCCCAUCCACGACUGGGGUCUCUACGCCAUGGAGAAGAUCUCGCGUGGCGAGAUGGUCAUCGAAUACGUGGGCGAGAUCAUUCGUGCGCAGGUGGCAGACAAGCGAGAGAAAGCGUACGAGCGGCAAGGUAUAGGAAGCAGCUAUCUCUUCCGAAUCGACGAGGACCUUGUAGUGGACGCCACGAAGAAGGGCAACUUGGGCCGCCUGAUCAACCACUCCUGCGAUCCCAACUGCACGGCGAAGAUCAUCACGAUCAACGGUGAAAAGAAGAUUGUUAUCUAUGCAAAGCAAGAUAUUGAGCUUGGCAGUGAGAUCACCUACGAUUAUCACUUCCCUAUUGAGCAAGACAAGAUCCCUUGUCUCUGCGGAUCAGCAAAAUGUCGUGGCUUCCUCAACUAG